GCUAAGGAGUGGUUGCGCUUUUGUGGUGCAAAGCAUCUGCGGUGUUCACCGCUUGGAGACCGGCCGCUCCCGACACGUGUGAUUGAUAUAGGUGACAAAGACUCCUCGCGGGUGCGUCUUGUUGUAUCACACGGGCGCCUUGACCGCUACAUCGCGCUGAGCCACUGCUGGGGCCACCGCGAGCCAAUCACUACUACCAAAGAUAGCCUUAGUAGACAUAUCAAUGAGGGAAUAGAGAUUGGCGACUUGCCACAGACAUUUCGCGAUGCAGUCGAAGUGGUGCGGGCACUCGGUUUCAAGUAUCUAUGGAUUGACUGCCUGUGCAUUAUUCAGCAGGAUGGCGAGGACUGGCGAAGAGAAGCCGCGCAGAUGCCGGAGAUCUAUGGGAACGCCGCGGUGACAAUCGCGUCA